AUGUUGUCCGCUCUGCUGCGGCCCUUUGGCAGGGGCGAGAAUUCACAGGAUGAGGGCCACCGUCCAGACGUAGAACAACGUUUUGCGCCUACCAAUCGAAUGCAUCGCGCCUCGGUCGCUUCGCUAGGCGAGUAUCGCCAGCAUCGUCACGCCGCUGCCGACUUCACCGAGGCCGACGAUGAUGACGACGACGAAGAAAAUGAGUCUCACCAUGAUAACGGGCAGCCGUCCCGUUACCAGGCUGCUGGUGUUCAAACCGAAGAAGACGAGGAUGGGCGCAGUCACUCCAUCGGCUUACCCCUGUUUUCUGCAGGUCAUCUGGAUUCACUCCCUAUAUACAGCAUGACCCAUGCCAUCCGCAUCAUUGUACAAGCUAGAACCGAAACAACAUUAACAUGGGAUCAACUGAGAUCCCCGCAGGUUUCGCAGUUUCUCAUCAGACCAAUGCAGCAACAAAUACGGACGCAACACUUUUCUCGGGGCACUCUCUACGCCCUGAUGGCCAAUUGCUUGCAAUUCGGGAAGGAAGGGCAGUUGUACCCAGGAAAUGCCGGAACAAGCAGCACCAGAGCAAAAGUGUGUGAGCUGUUGGCACUCAAAAUAUUGAAAGAGUACACGACGCGGGAGCUCAUCGACGCACUCUCCUACGACUUCUAUCCUCUCCAGGGUAUCCCGGGGUCCCAAGGACCACUUCCCCAACACGCCAGGUCUAGCCCGGCCACUAUGCGGACUUCAACCCUUGAGGUUGCCAUCCGAGCUUCAGCCAAGCACUUCCUCUCUCAUCCUCUGGUAGUGAUGCAGUUGGAGGCUAUCUGGAACGGUGCCAUCAGCUUUCACUCCACCGAGGACCAGCUUCGCCGUCAAGGCUCUUCGUCGAGUGCUGUUGGUAGCAAUCAGUCUCGGCGCCAGAGUACGGUGAGGACACCGCUGUUGAGUCAGCAGCAGCAAGCGAAGGAGGACCAUGGACGGGCUCUUGCUCACGUUUCCGGUCGGCGAUUUGUAACCCUGUAUGAUCCUCGAACCGCUUCACUUUUCAAACUAUCACGGCUACGGGUCCCACGAUAUCGUCAAAUACUCUCCACGUGCUCCCUUGCCAUCUUGAUCGCGCUCUUCUUGGCCGUUCUGAGCCAAAGAUCGAGCAAAAUCACCUCCCUGGAGUUGAUUUUUUGGUUUUGGAGUGCUGGCUUUAUGCUUGACGAAAUCGUCGGCUUCAAUGAGCAGGGCCUGUCUCUCUACAUCAUGAGCUUCUGGAACAUAUUCGAUCUAGGUAUCCUGUUGCUUUUGAUCGUCUACUACUGCAUGCGCAUCUACAGCGUGUUUCUUCUCGAACCCCAUAAAUGGAACGAAAAUGCCUACGAUGUCCUCGCUGCUAAUGCGGUCCUGCUCUUGCCGAGGAUAUUCAGCAUUCUCGAUCAUUACCAAUAUUUCUCGCAGCUCCUGAUAGCCUUUCGGCUGAUGGCGGUCGACUUGGCGGCUGUUUUUGUGCUCAUAUUGGUGUGCUGUAGCGGCUUUUUUGUCUUCUUUACCCUUUCCAAGAACACAAACGAUCCUUAUGUGCUUGCCUACAAGAUCUUUCAGAUCCUCAUGGGCUUUACACCAGCCGCGUGGGAAGUGUGGGACUCGUACACUUGGAUGGGCAAGGCCUUGAUGGCUUUGUUCCUCAUCAUUUGUCACUUCGUCAUCGUGACGAUCCUCAUCACUGUUCUGACCAACUCCUUCAUGUCAAUUGCAUCCAACGCAAACGAAGAGCACCAGUUUCUCUUCGCUAUCAACACAAUUUCCAUGGUGAAGAACGAUACGCUCUUCUCUUAUAUUGCGCCCGCCAAUAUCUUUGCAUGGGGGUUGAUGCCACUCAGGUAUUUCAUGUCCCUCAAGCGGUUCGUGUGGCUCAACCGCGCCGUGAUCAAAGCCACCCAUUUCCCUCUGCUGUUUUGCAUUUUCUUCUACGAGAAGUACUUCCUUGCGCCGUACAUCUACGAAGCUACUGAUCUCGUCGACAAUCCCGGUCGUGGACGCCCACAUGGGCUUUCUUUGGGCGAUCCAUCUACCAGGUCAGCAUUCUUCAGCCCCAGUGUCCGAGUACGAGAGGAAUCAGUGCUCGGCUAUCAGAAGGACAGAGCAUUGGAAGAAGUAUUUCGACGUGCUCCCGAUACAGCUACGCUGAGGACUCAAAGGAGGAAUGAGCGACGGAAGACGCAGAAUGCGAUUCGCACAUGGAUGGACCAAAAUGACGGAGGCUUCCGCUCGCCGCAGAAUUAUUCGACGAUUGACAGCAGGAUGACCGGUGAUUGGCGGCGACGGCUGAGUAUGAAUCGAGAACGCCCAUCCAGGUUCCCACGGCAGUAUUCCGAUCUUCGUUCUGCGGCCAGCGAUCCAGCAGAUUUCGUUUCUGACGCCCCGUACCCCAUGGCACCCGAGUAUUACCACGAUGGCGUCCACCGGAGAGAUUAUGCUCAUGAGAUGAAGGAGAACACCGAUGCGGAUGGAGACGACGAGCUUGUCACGAAUGAUGAGGAAGAGGAGGAUAAUGUGACCAACACCAUUGGUGACGGUCAUGGACACGACCGCGAGGCAAUGGAGGAAGAUUAUUUCACAACCCCUGUUGCCAGCCGCUUCAUCAACGAUGAGCUCCCGUCAACUGACUCUCCUCGCAUCGGCCAGUCAAGGCGUAACGCUCUGCACACCCGGACACUGUCAACUAACACAAUCCUCUACGUCCCAGAGGAGAAACAUCAGCCAUAUAGUUCCUCCUCUGCUUCCAUGGGCAGAUCACCGCAGUUACCAUCCCGACGACACACCCCGAUCAUGACACCCAUCUCAGGAGGUGGCCACCGCUCGCCUCGACGUUCUCUUUACAUGACCUCCUCCCGGCCACGCCCUAUUGCCCCGCCCCGCGACAUGGCACGAACAGCUCCCACCCGAUCAGGUCUGACUCUUGACAUCCCUGCCCGAAGACCAGCAACACAGCACCACCACCAGCAAGAUCCCCAAGAUGUCCACCGUCACCGGCGGAUGAGCUCCUCCGAUCUCAACGCCACGGUUACAGUAGACGACGAAGAGAGCACCUUUAGUGGCGUGCCCUCUAGUUUCGCGACACAAAUGGCCAUGGCGACGGCGAUGCUAUCCAAGAGCGCUCAAGGGGAUAACAAUCGAAUGAGCAGGCUCAUGCUAGCAAAAAUGAAAACCCUAGAAGAAAGUCUAGGGGAUGUGGUACGGGAGAUGAGCUUGUUGAGGAAUUCCGUUCCUAACACGGCGCAUAACUCUGACGACGGAGGGGUGGGAGGGUCCGGGAUUAAUUUCAGGAAGAAGAAACCGCUGAAGAUGAUGGUGGGACCGCCGGGGUCGUCGGAGCCGUCGUCGACUUCUGCGCCGGGGGCGGGGGAGGGGAUGAUGAUGGGUGGUGGACGGGGGGGGUUCGGAUUGAGACGGAGUAAGACUGUGGGGGUGGAGGAGGCGAGGAGGAUACAGAUACGGAAGAACACUGGGAUGACUGGGAGCUGGAUGAGGAGUCCGGUUUCGAACAAGUCGGGGUCUGGGUCUGCGGUUACGGCGAUUGCGGCGACGGGGUUGGGGAUUGGGGAUGAGAUGCCUGGUGAUAAGGGGAAGCAGAGGGAGGGGGAUAAGAGGCUGCCACCACCGCCACAGGUGGAAGAUGAUGAGACGUAUGAGGAUGAUGAUGAUGAUAAUGAUGGGGGGCAGUUGCAGGGGAAGAUGAGUCCGGAGAGUGGGUUUGGGCGGUUUGCGAGGAGGGGGGUAGGGAAGGGGAUCGGAGGGGCGGGGUCGUUGUGA